AAAAGAAGUAUAUAGAUUUUGAGAACGGGGAUCAAUUAGUUUCAAAAAAAAGUAUAUAGAUUUUGAGGAGAACGGGGAGCAAUUAGUUACGUCGGAAUUAGGGUUUGACAUGGCUUCAUCGAGUAGAAUAGAUUACGAAAUCAUCAGUGAUCCGUUCAAUCCACAAUGUGUGAUUGCAGGCUUUAUACCUCUCUGGGAAGAUAACGAGAAGGAGAAGCUUCUGUUGGAGAGGAUCCGAGGGAAAGAGGGCGAUACGAGUCUAAAGUACACACCACAGGAGGAGCGAGAUCUCAUCAACGGACAGAUAAGGAACUCGCAGGGAUUUGACGUGGAUUUUUACAAGUUCCGAUGCCUUUUCGAUUUCUACCCUUCGUUUCUCGAUGAAUGCCAUUCAACCUUAAUAACAGAAACCGAUAGGCAGUUUUUCGGAAGAUUGGCUCAGGAUUCCAUUGCGGAUUACAACGUUAGAGAGGGGACCAGUUUUGAAUUUGUUGAGGUCGAGAAAGCAAAUCUGUACAGGAAUAAAGGAUACAUUUACUUCAUCACGUUUGUAGCCAAGGAUUCUUGUGACAAGACCAAAGUCUUUCAAGCUAAGGUCUGCAAUGUUUUUUGUAGAGAGAUUGAGCACAGUUUCUGCAGGCUUAAACCCUGUCAGAAAGGAGAAUGCCAUGAAAAUUCCGAGAGAGCUGUGAAGAGACCAAGGUAUAACACAAGAUCAAACAAGCGUGCGGGUGUCUUUACCAAUGUCUCUUAGAUAAUGCAACAACUACUGUCGAAGAUAUUGUCCUAUGUGAUGGGAAUUAUGUCCCUUUUAUGUUAUCAUAACUUUAUGUAUGACUUUUGUAGGAUUAACUACUAAACUAAAAUAUUUAAAUUGUUUCCAUUUGUUUUCUGGUA